AUGGCCUUUGCCAAGAAGUUCUUUAGGGUUAGGGAAAAGACACCUUUCGGUUUCUGUGAUGGUCCACAAAUGACUGUCUCUGAGUUUCUCUUCGGUGAAUAUCCCAACUAUCCAAAAUACCAUACAACAUACAGACCUGUGGGGCUGAUCCACCGGGUUGCCGCGGAGGGAGAUGCGGGCCGGAUGGAGAUUCUCAUCAUGCUUGGACAAUGCAGCGUGUUCGACAGGGACCACAAGAACAGGACAGCUUUGCAUUUUGCCUGUGUCUAUGGCCGGCUCCCAGUGGUGGACGUUCUAUUGAAAAGCAAUUGUGAGAUCGAUGCUUUUGACCAGAGACAAAUCACACCUCUGAUGAAGUCUGUCCAAUGCUGGAAACAGAAGUGUGCGGCCGUUCUCCUGGAGCAUGGUGCUGAUCCGAACAUUCGGGAUAGCAGCGGCAACUGUGCGCUGCACUAUGCUGUGUACAACGGGCACGAAGACAUGGCUGCCCUACUGCUUGAAUACCACGCCGAUAUUGAACAAAAGACCAAAGAUGGCUUCACACCACUUUUGCUGGCACUCAGAGAAAAGAGGGUAGAGGUGGCAGAAUUUUUAGUCAGAAAAGGAGCAGACAUACAUGUUGUAGAUGACAUGCGAAGAAACACCUUGAUGUAUGCUAUACGAUGUGGAUCAAAAGAUAUAGCCAUGUUACUCCUUCAAAAAGGCAUUGAUUUUUUCUACAAGGAUGUCUUUGGAUGGACAGCGUUACGCUACGCUGUUGAAGGUCACUGUACUUUUAGACAGAUGCUUCUGGAUUUUGAGGAAAACAUACAUAAUAACAAAAAAGAUAAUGAACCAGAACAAAUGGAUUCUGGAAAUGACUCAUUGGCCAGGAUUUCCGGUUGUUCUAGUCCCGGGCUUCCCUUGCCUGUCUUGAAGGAAGAUGAGUGUAGCUGUGACACCAAGGUCAAAUGCCCCUCUGCGGAGUGCGCUUCCUUGCCCCAGCAGAGUAUCUCUGAGAGUGCUCCUCUGAGCUGUGCUGGCAGUUUAUCUUCGGCUAUAGACAAAAUAUUUGAAAAUUCAGCAAGAAGAAAAGUGGCAGAGCCAGACUUAGAAGUGACAUCAGAGGAAGAUCACAGUAGAUUUGAUGAGAGGGGAAGUAUCCACUCAUUGAGCAUCUAUGAGAAUCUUCCGAAUAUGUCUGGCAAAGAAUCUGUGGAAGCAGAUUCAAGAAGAGAAAAGACAAAUGAACCAGCAACAGAAUCUGGGGAGGAAUAUUCACCCUUGAUGGUAAUAGCCUUUAUGUUUUCACUUUGGAUAAUUUGCAUCACACUAAAUGAAAUGUACAAUUAUUCUUCAAUUGUUCCUUCAAACCUCUUUCAGGUUAUCAAUGAAAUGAAUGAUUCUGUUCUAAAUAAAGCAGUAGAGAUGAAGGAAGCAUGGAGUAUCCAAGAGGACUUGUCAGAAGAACCAGCGGUAAAAUUGACAUCAGAAGAAGAAUCAGAUAGUUAUGACAGCUUUGAAAAGAAUCCACCACUGGCUAUCUUUAAUCAAAUUCACACACAGGAUGUUGCUUAUUUGUCAAUUGUUAAAGAUCAAAGAGGAGAAAAAAUGGUGAUGUGUCAGGAAAAAGAAUUUUCUAAGGAAUGUCCUCAAUCAAAGCCUACCAUUGUAGAGCAAGAAUCUGUUCCAAAAGAGGCCUGGGAUAUGAGUCCAGUGAUACAAUUAUUAGCAGACACUCCUAAAGACUAUCCUCUAUCAGAGACUACUGUUGAGGAAAAUGAUUCUGUUCCAAAUGAAGUCUGUGACACAAAGCAUGGGAAAUGGUUUCUAGUAGAAUCUCCUGAUGAAUAUAUUCAAGUGAAGGGCAUUGAUGAUUUAUCUUUCUCUGAAGAUGAAAGAUACGAAAGCAUAAGAUAUGAUGAGGAGCAAGGCAUCUUUAACCUUCGGCAAUCAGCCAGCACUAAUCACUUCUUAUUUCUACCACGUGGUACUCCCUUGAAGAAUAUGCUCAAUGGAAGUCCCACAACGGCUAUUACAUGUCUUGUUUUAAAACCCAUACAGAAGAAAACUCCUCUUCCAUGCAAAGCACCAGCAAGGAAAGAAGUAAAAGCGUUUGUGUCGGAGUCAGAUGUAUACUCAUCAUCAGAGGAAGAACAAGAAUGGCCUGAUGACAAUGAAGGGGAACAUCUAAAGGCGUGCCAUCAAACAUCUUGUUUCAAACCCAUGCAGGAUGCCAUUGAAAAUCAAGACUUAGUGUUAAUGGAAGACUCAACAAUGAAGCAGGAAAAAUCACUCACGGCAGGUGCCAAAACUGCACAGCUGAGGUCAGAGGAGGAACAGACAGGAAGGUGUGGCAGAGGCAAGAAGCAGUGGAAGCCUUUUUUUGAGCAACUUCAGCUGAAAUGGAAUGUUCGAGUGUCUGUAAAUCCUGAAAUACAUGUGAAAAAUGCUGCUGAAGAGAGAGGAGUCACAACAGCACAACUGAGACCAAAGAAAGAACAAACAGGAAGGUUUGGCAGUGACAAGAAGCAGCGGAAGCCCAUCUUUGAGCGACUUCAAUCGAAGUGGCGUGCUCAAAUGUCUAGGGAUCCUGAAGAAAGCAGAGAAAACACAGGAGCGGCUGAAGAGAAAGGAGCCACAACAGUACAACUGAGGCCGGAGGAGGAACAGACCAAACAGAAUGGCUGUGAUAAGAAGCAGCGGAAGCCCAUCUUUGAGCGAUUUCAACCAAAGUGGAGUGCUCGAGUGUCUGUGGGUCCUGAAGAAAGCAGAGAAAACACCGGAGCCACUGGAGAGAAAGAAUCCCCUAAACUAUUUACAUCAGAAGAACAAACAGGAUGCCAUGACAGUGAGAAGAAGCCACAGUUGCAUAUCCUAGAGCGAUUUCAGCCAAAGUGGAGUGUUCGGCUACGUAUGGAGGCAAAAGAAGGAGAGAACACAGAAGCCACGGAAACGAUGUGCUCUUCUGAUGAAUAUACCGAAUUGAAGUCCGUGCAGGCUACCACUGAAAAGCAGGAUUCUGUACCAACUGAAGAUCCAACAACGGAGCAGGAAAUAUCAUUAAUGGCAGAAUCAGACUCAUCAGCGAAAUCAGAGGAGGUGCAAAGAAGUAAUGACUAUGAAAACAGUCAGUCGACUGGCAUUGACCAUUUAUCCAUGAUUGUGGGUCAAAGAAGCAAGGAUAUUGUAAGUGAAGAAGAGGAAGAACCAGAUUUAGAAGCAGCAUCAGGGGAUGAACAAAACAAAUGUUAUAGCAGAGAGAGCAAUCAAUCAUUGGUUGAAAAAACAAAGAUGUGUGCAAGCAAUGGAAUAGACAUAGCAAAAUACCCCUGUGAAGCUGCUGUUUUUACCUCCCCUGCUGCUGCUGCUGCUGGUGGUGGUAGUGGUGGUGAUACUGCUGCUGCUGGUAGUGGUGGUAUUUCUGCUACUGCUGCUGGUGCUGAUGCUGCUGCUGGUGGUGGUACUGAUGCUGAUGCUGGUGGUAUUGCUGAUUCUACUAUGGAUGAACUAGUUCUACAGAGAAAAUCUGGAGAAAUCAAUGACCAGAGAUUUCUUAUUAAGGAGAAUGCAAAUCAUGAUGGGCCCCGAAAGAAAACAUGUAAGGGAAAACACAAGGUGACAAAAGAAGUAAGAGCUAUGGUCGAUGUAACUCAGGCAUCUGAACCAGUUUCAGGAGAUGAUUCUGGAGGAUCAUUAAAAAUACAGAAUUCACCCAGUUCCUAUAAUGCAUUAUUAGAUUUUAAUAAAGUCCAUGAACUACUUAGGAAAAAAAAUCAAAAAAUAGAAAAUAAAAUUAUUGCUCUACAGAAGGAGCUAACAGAAAGAAGAGAGGAGAAAUCAAAGUUAGAGGAUGAAAUAGUGGAACAGGAUGAAGAAUUCUGGACACUGAGGUUUACUUUAUGCAAAGAAUUCAAAGAGACAAGAAUUAUUCAGAAAAAUAUUAAGAAACAUUUACACGAAAAACAAAAGCAGUUCAAUGAAAGAGCCGCAAUGGCAGAGCUUGAAAGACAUCUGAGAACACGAGACAUGGAACUGAGGAGUGCAAGAGCCAUCUUGAAGGAGUUGCAAGAAUCACAAAGACAACACAUAGAAACUCUAAAAACUGCCCAGAAGAUGAAAGAUCACUUACAAAGGAUUGAGCAAGAACAUUCUGAGUUAAAAGUUGAAGUAAAAGAGCAAGCUAAGAAAAUUGAAGAGCUUCGUGGGUGUCUGCAAAACUCACCUUUAAAAUUGGAACAAAAUGAAAAAUUGACACAGGCAGGUACUCAAGAAACUUUGGAGGAAUUAUGUGAGAACAUUUCCCUGAUGGGUCAGACAGGAAUCAGAAUCCAGAGUCUGCGGUCUGAAUCCUCCAAAAUGAAAACCGGAAAAGACUCAAAUACAAGUGCCCAGAAAAGUUAUGAGCAACAGUGUAUAGAAGAAUUAAGGAUCAGCAAUGCAUUGCUAUACAAUGUACACCCUUUCGGUCUUUACAGGAACAGGAGACUAGAUAAAUCCUGCACGCGAGUUCACAUCACAGUGGAGCAGGACACAUCUUCUCUGCACACACCAGAAACAAGGUUUUCUCUCGAGAACCCUUGUGUGGCAAGCAGUUGCCCUCACAGACACUUCUUCCCAUGUGGAAACAUGGUUCUCCCAGGAAACCCACGGUUUUCUGAUGACUGCAUGCGAAGCUACCCAGUGACGAUGGAAGACGAGGAAAAAUCGAUCGAAGUACUUUCCAAAUUAAAGCAAUCUUUAGAAUAUAAUUUGUAUCAGCAGCAGAAGAAAAAUGACGAACUAGCAAAGGAGAUAACUAGAAAUGAGAAACUCUUGAAAAUGGCAAAAAUUGGGCAUGAAAUGUAG